CACUGUUACUAUUUUUAGAAGCAACGUUGCGGUAGUGGAAUCAAUCAAAGUGGGUUGGCAUUCGCUGUUACGUGCUGCUGCUUUUAGUGCCUCCUGCACGUUUUCUGUGCACUUGUUCAUCCUGGGACAGAGUAUCGCUUGACGUAUUUUCACCUGAGCUCAUGUUAUCUUGCGUUUCGCCGUGACAAAGAACACCGGUGGAUUGCAAACUUUUGUGCCAUGGAAUCUGUACGACUUCGUGGCAACGACACGUUGCUCGCCUUUGGUGGCUCGUGUAGUUUUUUGCAGUUUAACCACAUGUCAAGAGAACAUUGCAUUUCGGAAUGAAAAUGACGAGUAUUCAAUGACAAAUCACCAAGUCGUCCGGAACGCGGGAGGUGCACGCCGCUUUCUCACCUGUCAAGCGUAAAAAUAGAAAUUUUCUUAUGGGAAUUAAGCACUCGUCCCGUUGCAUGCUCCUCAGGAGGAAAAUGGCGGAUUCUGAGAGCAUUGAGCAGCCACAGCCGGUCCGCAUCGUUGCAUCACAGUCGGCUCAGCCAACCUCUUUGCCAAAGCCUGUGCCUUCCGUCCAGCCCACCCCAAGACCUCUUGUUCCACCACAUACGCCACACGCUGCCAGCCUUCCGAGCUGCUCUGGAAGGGGCAAGAUGGGAAAGCUCUGUAAUCCAGAGGAGAUGACCUCAAAAGACUACUACUUUGACUCUUACGCCCACUUUGGUAUCCAUGAGGAGAUGUUGAAGGAUGAAGUGAGGACGCUCACCUACCGCAAUUCCAUGUACCACAACAAGCACGUGUUCAAGGAUAAAAUAGUUCUGGAUGUUGGAAGCGGCACUGGGAUCUUAUCCAUGUUUGCAGCCAAAGCAGGAGCAAAGCAUGUGUAUGGGAUUGAAUGUUCCAGUAUUUCAGAAUACUCAGAAAGGAUCAUCAAGUCCAACCACCUCGACAGUGUGAUAACCAUCAUCAAUGGAAAAGUGGAAGAGGUGGAGCUCCCCGUGGAGGAGGUUGACAUCAUUAUAUCUGAGUGGAUGGGUUAUAGUCUCUUCUACGAAUCCAUGCUGAAUACGGUCAUCUUUGCCAGGGACAAGUGGCUGAAACCAGGUGGACUCAUGUUUCCCGAUCGUGCCUCUUUGUAUGUGUUGGCCAUAGAGGACAGGCAGUAUAAAGACUUCAAAAUUCAUUGGUGGGAGAACGUAUACGGCUUUGACAUGACUUGUAUCCGCAAUGUGGCAAUGAAGGAGCCUCUAGUUGACGUCGUGGACCCCAAACAGGUCGUGACCAACUCCUGCCUCGUCAAGGAGGUGGACAUUUACACAGUGAAGCCUGAAGACCUCUCUUUCACAACAGCAUUCUGCCUGCAGAUCCAGAGAAAUGACUACAUACAUGCACUAGUCACCUAUUUCAACAUCGAAUUCACCAAAUGUCACAAAAAGACUGGUUUCUCCACUGCUCCGAAUGCUGCAUACACCCACUGGAAGCAGACCGUGUUCUACCUGGAGGACUACUUAACUGUGCGAAGAGGAGAGGAAAUCACUGGCAGCAUUGCAAUGAAGCCAAAUGACAAAAAUAUUCGGGACUUGGACUUCACCUUUGAACUGGAUUUCAAAGGACAACUGUGUGAGGCAGCGAUAGUCCACGACUACAAGAUGCGCUAGGUUUUGCAGGAAACUGGGAUUAAAUACACUUGCGAGGAGCA